AUGCCUCGCAACGCCACUAAAAGCAACUACCGUCGUAACAGCCAUCACCAUACACGUUCAUCCUCCUCCUCAUCAUCAUCCUCAUCAUCACGACGUCAACGCCGUUCAUCUGAAGACCUUUUGACCAAGGCAACCUCAUCUCCUACACACCAUACACCUGCUGAUCUUCCAACACCUCCGCCUUCUCCUCUCAAUACACCGCAACUUCUUGAUGAAGACGAAAACAACAGCGCAUAUGAACGGCUUGCAGCUGCCAAGCAACAGGGUCAGCUUAAGGCUAUCAUGAAUGAAUAUUCCUCUAUUCUCGAACAACAGCAACAGCAACAAAACACCAUGAUGUCUGAAAAAUGCUAUCAUCUUGUACUUGAAGCACAUGUAUUGUACCGUCGUGAAGGUUCUCCAUUAUCAUCUAUGCUUCAAGUAUACCAGGACAUGAGUAUCGCCAAUGUACAAGCGAGUGCUGUUACAUUCUCCACCAUGGUGCAAGCCUUAUGCAAACGCGAUGGUGAAGUACACAAGACAUUGGCCAUGCUCAAGCGUCAAGCAACAAGAGCAGCUGAAUUUGAUGAUGACGGUUUCUUGAAGCCCGUGAUUGAGGAACUCGAGAAUGAUAUGGCGCAGUUGGAGCAGGAGCGUAAUCACAGCCGAGCAUUCGAGCUUUUUUGCACAGCAGUAGCCAUCCAUGGACCCGAAGCGAUUGAUCCCGAUACCUUUACAGCGUUGCUACGUGCUCUCUCGCACCACAAUGAUAGCACGGAUGCCGUCAUGUUCGUUUACCGGCAUAUGCAGCACAUCCAUGGAAAUCACCACGCCACAUAUCAGGCUUUGAUCAAUGCAUUGGGCCGCGCUGGCGAUCUUGCAGCAGCACGCACACUAUUUCACGAAUACGAUGGUCAAUGUCAGCUUGUUUAUGGAGCCAUGGUGGAUGCCUACUUGAAGUGUGACGAGGUGGAUUUGGCAAUCGACUUGAUUCAACAACAUAUGCAUGUGACCUUGCCAAGCAACAAUGCCGUCAUUCGAUACUACUGUAGCCAUGGCCAACUGGAUCAAGCGAAACGAUUUGUGGAUACCAUGGCAACCACCGAUGCCAGUUCUUUGGGUCCCAUCUUAUCAGCAUACUGUCACCAAAAUGAGUUUGAUCAAGCAACAGCUGUGUAUGAAGCCUUGAUUAAGCAGCAUGACGUUAGCAAGGCAUAUGGAAAUCUGGCCAAUUAUGCAGUACUUUGUCUCAAGCAUGGUGAUGGUGAUCGAGCAUUCAGUGUCGUGGUGCAACGGGAUAUGCAUGAGGCUCAUUUGGAACCUGAUCCAGUCCUUGCCCAACAGCUUGUGUAUUACUUUUGCAAGCGUCAACAGUGGAGUCGUGCAUUUGACGCAUUGCAUCACGUGAUAAACCACAUGUCGGCCCGUUCUUUGACCAAGGCUUGUCCACGUCUUUAUGAUAUGUCCAUUGACGUGCUCACUCAUCAUACUCCAUCAUGGUCGACUGCAGUGGCUGUGGUGCAUGGCUUGACGUCAUCUGAUGUGGGUUUGACACGUGCAUUGGCGUCGCCUCUUUUGGCCAGUUAUCAGCAAGACAUCCCUUCUUGUUUAUCAUCCAAGGAAUUCCAUUUGCUAUGCGAGGCUGCUCUUUUGGUGCUUCAAGGUGACAAGGCGUUUGCUGAUUGGAUUGUGGCAUUGGUGCAUCGUCAACAACAAGGCAGCAAGGGUAUCAUUGCCAAUGUCAAUGGCGACUUGUCUUCACGGGUAUUGGCAUGCUUAUCGGACGACUCGGCUCAAAGGACAUGGCGAUCAGCAUGUUGCGACUUGGCUCGUCAACUUCUUCGUGCGUUGACUCGUGGAGUCUCAGUGCAGAAUGUCAAGUGUAUGGUGGACGAGCUGGUGGAUGUUGGCCAAGUACCUACCCCUGAGCCUAUUCGUGAUGCUAUUGCUUUGGCUGGCAAGCAAGGACAACUCCAGUUGGCACAGUAUCUUUAUGACACGUGCAUUGAUAUAUACAACAAGCAUGGCGAUGAGCGUGGUGUAUACAUGGCUACCAACAGUAUGCUUAUUGGAUAUGCACAGCAAGGCGAUAUGGUCCGUGCCAAGCGUUACUAUGACAACAUCAAGCGCAUGGGUCAAUACCCUGACAGCAACGCGUACGCUAGCCUUCUGGUGGGUGCUGCCAAGACCACCAAUACAGUGGAUGAAGCUACCGAUGCAUUGACUAUCUAUGAAGAAGCCAAGCGACAUCAUGUCAAACCUACCACGUUCUUUUACAAUGUCGUUAUUUCAAAGUUGGCCAAGGCUCGCAAGCUUGAGGUGGUGCUUCGACUAUUUGGCGAGAUGCAACAAUUGUUCGGGUUGACGCCUAACACGAUCACCUAUGGUGCCGUCAUUGCUGCUGCUGUGCGAGCUGGAUCCGAGUCUCAUGCUUGUCGCUUCUUUGAUGACAUGGUGGAGCAUUGUGGUCAGCUACGUAUUGGGCCAUUCAACAACAUGAUCCAGUUUUAUGUUCGCCAGCAACCCAACCGGGAUCGUGCGUUGUAUUAUUUCCAGCAAUUACGCAAGCACAAGAUUCAUCCAUCCGUACACACUUACAAGCUGCUUAUGGAAGCAUAUGCCAUGUUGGCUCCACAUCGCAUGGAUAUGGCGCAGGACUUACUCACAAGCAUGUACAAGGACGAUGGCAUCCAUUCGCAGCCCACUCAUUAUGCAACCCUCAUUUAUGCAUAUGGCACAGUGCUCAAGGAUAUCAAGAAUGCUCAAAAGGUGUUUGAUCAAGUGAUGCAUACACGCAAGAACAACGAGGAAGGAAUGGAGGCUGUAUACCAGGCUAUGCUUGACGCACUCAUCACCAAUGACCAAUUGGAGCGUGCCGAAAUCUUAUAUGCCCAAAUGAGUCGUCGCAUCAGCAAGAGCUCGUCGCCUUACAUUGAGAACUUGCUGCUACGUGGAUACGGUGAAAAAGGAUUGGUGCACAAGGCUGAACGGCUUUUCGACAGCAUGGCAGAUAGUGAGGAUCAAGUUCGAAAAGGAAGUCUUGUGAUACGUGAACCAAGCACUUAUGAAGCAAUGGUCCGUGCAUAUGUUGAUAAUGGCAUGGUCAACAAGGCACGCUCGGUUCUUGAUCGCAUGACCAGUCGUCAGUUCCCUGAAAAGGUUGUUGCUGCUGUAUCUGCUCUCAUCCUCUCGCCUUAA